AUGAUGCGUCUCGUGAUUCCAUUGAUUCUCUCGCUCGCCUCGCCAGUAACCUCCAUCCAAAUAACAAGUCCUUCUGCGAACUCCACCUACGCAGCCGGGUCCACCAUCACCGUCAAGUGGACCAGCGUUGAUACCGAUCCCACCAACUUCAGUCUCUAUCUGUGGAACUUUGUGUCCUGGCCUCCGUCUUACCUCCCACUGGCUCUGAACGUUCCUACGUCGGAUCUGGUUUACACUGUCCAUAUUCCUUGCGAUACUAAGCCCGAAUGGGGCUACCAGAUCAGUGGCAUCAACGGCACCAACGUCUACAUAAUCUACACGCAGGGUGACAAGUUCACCGUUUCCGAACCCGCCAACAACACCGCUUGUGUUGACCCUGCUCCUUCGCUGGCGACUUCUACUUGCCCUAGCGCUGCGGCGUCUACCGUUUAUGUCACGGUGAGCCCUACCGCUCCCAGCUCCCGCCUUCCCCCUCAAUCUUCCCAUAUCCGUCCUUCUCCUCCACCUAGCACCACCAGCACUUUUACUUCAAGAUAUGUAAAGCCCGGAAUCGUGCCUAAGACAAUUGGUUGGUGUGCAGACUAUUCCCACCCCGUGACAUUGGACAAUGUUCCUACCCUGACUCUCCCCGUGACCAACAAUGGUCCUCGUGUUAAGACUAUCACUACUACUGCCACCGUGGUAGUUUGCCCAAAUGUGGAUGCUGUGGAAUAA